UGCUGGUGCUGCUGGUACUGCUGCUGCUGUCACUGCUGCUGGUACUGCUGCUGGCACUGCUGCUGCUGUCACUGCUACUGCUACUGGUACUGCUGCUGGUACUGCUGCUACUGCCACUGCUGUCACUGCUGCUGGUACUGCUACUUCCACUGCUGCUGGCACUGCUGCUGGGACUGCUGCUGCUGUUGGCACUGCCGGUGCGGAGGCUGGGAGCUUUGACGCCGUGGGAGCGGUGUGGGGGGUGGGGGCCAUGGAGCAGCCCACGAGCUCGUCCGCGUGUCUGCACGGCCCCAGCCGCAGCCUCUGCUGCGCCCUCAUGCUCAGCGCUCGCAAGCUCGUCCUCUUCCAAGUGUGGGCGAGCGUCGUGGUGAUGCCAGGAUGGGGAGGGAUGACGUGGAGAGUGGCAGAGAGCCAGAUCGCUCCGACGAGGGAGGAAACGGCACGCUGCGGAGUGUGGACGGACAGCAAGUGGGGGGGGACCUUCACCUCGCCCAAGUACCCGGAGCCUUACCCGCCCAACCAGGACUGCAUCUACAUCCUGGAAGCGCCGGCGCGGCAACGGAUCGAGCUGGGCUUCUCGGCGCCGUACUCGCUGGAGCCGUCGUGGGACUGCAAGUUCGACCACAUCGAGGUGCGCGACGGCCCCUUCGGCUUCUCGCCCCUCAUCGGACGCUUCUGCGGCCACGUGCUUCCCCGGCCCGUCAACUCGACGGGCCGAUUCAUGUGGGUCAAGUUCUUCGCCGACAGCGAGCUGGAGGCGCUGGGCUUCCGCGCGCGGUUCACGUUCAUACCAGAUCCAGACUUUAAGACGCUGGGCAGCCCGAUGCCAGACUGCGAGUUCGAGAUGAGCGGUACGGAGGGUGUGGUUCGUUCGAGUCAGAUUGAGCACGAGAGGAAGGCUCAGGCCAACGAGGCGGUCGACUGCAUCUGGAAGAUCCGGGCCCCCCCUCCCGCAAAGAUCUACUUGCGCUUCCUCGACUACCAGAUGGAGCACUCCAACGAGUGCAACCGCAACUUUGUGGCCGUGUACGACGGCAGCAGCGCCAUCGAGAACCUGCGAGCGCAGUUCUGCAGCACGGUGGCCAGCGACCUGAUGCUGCGCUCCGGAGUGGGCGUCGUGCGGCUCUGGGCUGACAACUGCAGCCGCCUCAGCCGGUUCCGCAUGCUCUACACGUCCUUCCUCGACCGUGCGUUGCCCGACGACGCGACCGGCGCAUGGCACGCGCGCACGUGCACGCGCACGCCUGACACGCGCGCGCCGCCCUGCGACCGCAACUCCUUCUUCUGCCACAGCAACAUGUGCAUCAACAGCUCGCUGGUGUGCAACGGCGUGCAGAACUGUGCCUACCCGUGGGACGAGAACCACUGCAAGGAGCGAAAGAAGCCGAGCUUCUGGCAGCACAUCACCAAGACCAACGGCACCAUGAUCGGCAUGUCCACGGCGCUGGUGCUGGUGCUGCUCGCCCUCUCCGUCUACGUGCAGCUCACGCAGCCGCGCAAGAAGCUCACGGCGAGGCGCGUGUCGUCGAGCGUGCGGGACACGUCGUGCGCCUCACCGACGGCCGGCGCCGCCGCAUCCCCCUCCAUCGCCGCCACCGCCACCUACGACCCCUUCCCGCUCGGCGACAAGGAGACCUACGUGGACCUGUCGGACCUCCCCGACGACUUCCAGCCGCUGUCGGGCAUGCGCCGCUCCUCUUCGACGGCGCUGUCGCGGUGCGUGCGCGAGCACCACUGCGGAGGGCUGGCGACGUCGACGCUGCCGCACAGGCCGGCCGCGCGGGAGCGCGAGAGGGAGCGGGAGAGGGAGCGGGGCGACAGGGAGCGGGAGAGGGAGCGGGGGGAGAGGGAGCCGCGCGAGCUGAGGGAACGGGACCGGGACAGGGAGGGCCGGGGAAACCCGCCGUGCGCUAUGGUGCCAUCCGAUCACCCGCUCCUGCCGCCGCCGCUGCCCCACACGCAGCCGCAGCAGCACCACCACCACGUCAACAGCCUGCAGAGCUUGCACAGCCUGCAGGGAGUGCCCGGGCAGGGCCUGACAGUGACCGCUCAGCAGAGCGCUGCCAGCCUGCUGGGAGCCAGUGCUCACUCGCCACAGCAGACACUGCAGCAGCAACAGCAGCAGCAGCAGCAUCAGCUACAACAGCAGCAGCAUCAUCACCAGCCACAGCAUCACCCGCAGCAACAUCACCACCAUCUCCACCAGCACCUGCACCUGCAAACGUCCACGCUGCCACCACCGCUGCCCGCGCCCAAGCGGAGCUUCUACACGUUCAAGCCGAGCCCCGGACACGAGGGAGCGGGCACGAUCGUCGAGAAGGCGGCCGCGGCGGCCGGGGCGGCUACGCCGACGACGGCGGCGACGACCCCGGCCAAGGCCGUCGCGGAGGCGGCGUGCGAGGGCUGCGUGCCGCAGGAGCGAACGCGCACGCUGCAGAGGUCUGUGUCCGUGGAGGUGUGACCCCCGGGUCCGGCGCGGAAGCAGACAGAGACCCCCGUGUUCCCUGCCGUCAUCUACAAGUCCACGGCAAACUCUUUUUUUGUGCACGUUUCAGGAAUGGGGAUGAAAUGGGAAUCUCCGGCGGGCCCGCCGGGACGACGAUGCGCAACGGCAGUGCCACAGCGCGGGGGAUGUGUAUGCCAGUUAGAACUUCCUCCACGGGACCCUGCAAUGUAAUUCCGAAUUUCUCUUUCGCUCCGUGACGUUUUGAGAUGACGGCGAGUAAUGCGGUGCCGUUCGAGUGGUGCUCACGGACCGCGCGGUGAGAAGUGACGAACACCCAUUAACGCCGGAGCCUUCUUCUGGGGGUUCGUCUUUGUGUUGUUGUUGUUGUUGGAGCCUUGCACAAGGUCUUAGCAUUAUGUGACUGCGGCUUAGAGGGUGUCAUUGUCGAUGCUGGAGCAAUUAAAUUAAAACAACAACAACAACAAAUGUGAAAUUAAACCCACUGUUUUUGUCCUCUCAAUACUGUCGUAUUUUUUGAUGAAUAACGAGCGUUUUGCUUUUUUUUCACAUCAAGUACACCCACUUCCCAACAUUCUCACACGCACCCUGAAUUAACAGGGCAUCGAGCUUCAUUUUUCUUUGUAAAAAAUAAUUCCCAGUACCAGUGGGGGCGACCAGAUGCCUCUGUCUGCUGCAUCGGAAUUUUGCUCUCUCGCCGCCAUGUGAUCAUGAACGAGCGUCAGAGACAACAGAGAGCAAAAGGAAAUUCAGUGUGAGAAUUGGGGUGGGGGGGGGCUGGAGGAUGAGGGAUGGCAAUCAACAGAGUUAUAUGAAAACUGUGAGUUAAUCUAUCGAGAAAUGUACACAAACAGAUGAUCUCAACGAUGACAACGCAGUGGGAAGUCUCAGCCAGCAGCUGCUGUACAUUUGCUCUCUGUUCCAAUGCGUUUGGACAAGGGGUGUGUGCCAAGACUUCACAGAAACAACUCGACAUGUGGACACUGUUGUGACAUUCGAAUCGCCGAGCCGGCUUGUAUUAUUGGUUCACGCCGUACUGUUACAGGGUAAAGCUGUGGUCAACGAAGCGUCUGUAUUUGUGAAGCUGAGUAUGCGAGGUUAUACAAACGAAAAUGGUUGUGGGUGUGGUUCGGUUUCUCUCUUCCCGUUGAUGAUUCGCUGAACACAUUUUCUCCGUGUAAAAUUCACAUCGAUCUUGUGCACUGAAGAUAUCUAUCUAAAUGAGGUAAAAAGGCACCCACCUGAAUUGUCAGUUUCUUGUGGAAGACUCAUUGAUCUAACGCUGAGAAUGUGCACUAAUGGACACUUGGUGCUCACGCUGUCCGAGUGUUGCUGAUGAUCAUAUUCAGGGUUUUCAAAUUCAGAUCAUGGUGGUCUCAAAUCUGGCCCUCAUUUUCAUCAGGGGGUCAGUUAGUGCGGCGGGUAAUGGGACGUGCAAAGCAGCAUUGACCAAACACGGUCAAUCUCACUGCUGUCAACCGCUCUGCCAGCACGGCCAAUUUCAAAUUGGACGGGAUGCGUUGCACACAAGUGGUUGGUUGAAAUGCGAGUGGCGUCCAAACGCACAAGGCCGAGUGGGCGGUUUGCAUGGCCCUUGGUUCAAAGGAUGAAAUGGGGGGCCCUGGCCAAUUCACCCCCCUAUUCCUGGCCUUGUGCCUGCCCCCUCCUCUACCUCCCCAGCCAAUGGGGCCCAAGUGCGGUCGCACUGCUCCCUGCACUCGACAGCUGCGCCACUGAUUUCGAGCUAUUCAUUCCGGCUAUUGAGUAUUUUAAUUGCGGCUGAAAUUCGAUGUCUAAUUGGAGAUGGUGCGAUCCUGUUUGUGUGGCUCUGUUCCUUCACUCAUUUUCAGAGGGGGGGGGGGGUGGCGUGGGAGCCACUUUCACCGAUAAGACUUCGUCAGUGUGAGGGCCGUCUCACGGCGCUGCAGGUGGGUGCUUUCACGUUUGUGUGUUGCCGAGGGGGCCGCACUAAAGGCCAUCACCAGGGCCCGUCAGUGGCCCGCGGGCUGCUGUAGCUUCACCUCUCCCUGGCUGCACCGAAGUCCCUGUGCAAUUUUUACGCACCGAUGCAAUUGCUAAUGUACGAACGAUUUGAACGCGUAGCCAUAAAAUGUAGUUUAACAUUGGGUGAAUGUUGGACUUACCGCAGCGACGGCGCCUACCUAGCAAAUGCGUUGCAUUUGUCAAAUCUAAAUUCUGUGCACCUGGCUGGAUGAAGAAUGAGCGGACAGGUGGCUCUGCGUUGACAUUAAGCCAUUCAAAAUAUCACUCGGAAAAAAAAGCGUGAGAACCAGACUUGGGUAAAUAUUCUAUGUAAAUCAAUUUUUUGGCAUGCCCUGAAUCAUCCCAAGGACAUUGUGCUGCUGUGUGUGUGUGAUGUAUAAGGUUUUCUUUAUUGCCGUCAAAUCACGUGGGUCUUUGAGUGUCAGAUAAAAAAAAUCAAGAAUUCACAUUCAAACCCAGGGUGCAAUAAAUUGGCUGCAACUCUGGCAAGAAGUAAAUAAAUCAGAGCAGAAAAACUGUCUCCCUACCCCAGAUGAAAUCCGCACAUCUCCUCUUGUUUGCUUACAUCGUUGUACUGUGUUUUUUUUGUUUAACAAAAAGUUGAGUGUUGAAGGGGUUAUUUUCUCUCUCGCUAAUGUUUAACAAUUUGUAAUUGUAAUUGCAUUUUUGACCAAUUAUAUCUUCGACCACUAAUUGAUGACUCCACGUGACUGCAAUUGCAGUUGGGGUUGGGAAUUGCUGGUGUAAUUGUCAAUUAGUGAUAAGUGCUGCGGCAAUUCUAAACCAGACCUUAACAGCAGUGGCAGCAGCAGCACCCGAUGCAACGGCCCUUCUGCUCCCAACUCCCCCCCCCCAUCCAGAAUUGGAGCUGAUUUUCUCCUGCCAGUGUGUGUUGCUUUCACAUCGGCAAUUACACACGAUGCCCUUACGGCAACUUGCAAAGAAAGCCACGUUCAAUGAGUUGUGCCGGAGUGAAAACAACAACAAGAAAGUGACACUUUAAAAUACAUAUAUUAUCGGUGGAAGGAAUGAGCACAGAGCUUAGGGCAAGGAUUUGAAGUUGAGGAUUGCAAGACAUUAAACUGUGGGUUAAAGGCCGAGCCACCAUUGUUGUAAUCAUCAUCUUUCAGUAUGAGGUUUCUAAGCACCAACACGGCACCUGUUUCACGUUUGAGUUGAUUUAUUUCUAAACAAGUAAAAUGGUAUACAUAUGAGUAAUGAGCUUCUUGAAUAAUAAAAAAAACACGUGCAAUAAUUGUCUGCCAGCUGUCGCACUUGUUAGAAACUGAAUCUUUUUUCUGGGAAAACAAAUAGAAUUGCCAAGAGCCUCGCGAUCAACAACCCGAGGGUAUUAACCGAUGAUGAAAGCGAGCUCUUAGCGUUGCACAUAAAUGUUAGUGCGACAAAAGAGUCAAGCUAUUUUGCGCUAGCUCAAGCUAAAACUCAAUAAUUGUUGUGACGAAAACGUUUGUACAGGGACUCCUCUACUUACGAACGAGUUAGGUUCCAGAGGUCUGUUCGUAAGUCGAUUUGUUCGUAAGUCCAACUUUACUCCUGUCGAUUCCAAACAUGUUGUACGGCGUGUACACUAAACACGGGGAAUGGCUUUAAAGGUUGUAUAAUCUCCUGUAGAUGUAGAUGCCACUGGUUCUUCACGUUCUGUAGAUGUAGAUACCACCACCGCCAUCUAUUGCGCGGUGGUUGAACUUACGACUCUCGGUCCGAACAGGCAACUGGACGUACGAACAGGUUUGUUCGUAUCUCUGAAAGUUCGUAAGUCAAAUGUUCGUAAGUGGAGGAGUCCCUGCACAUUAACUAAAUACAGUCGAUCAACUUUUAAUGUAAAUUGGCUAUGAAAUAUAUAUUUAGGCGCUUUACAGCACACUGCUUACUUGUUCUCACGUGCGCACCUGAAACAUGAUUGUAUAGCAUUACGAAGUUACACUUUGGUUCUUUCGGCAAAGUCACGUAGAAAGAAAACAUAAUAAAAUAAAUAACAGAUCACAACGUUUCGGUUGCAACACAAGCAACCGUCAUCAGGUUCAAGUUCAAGUUCAUUUAUUAGGUAUAGCCCUGUGAGCCAUUCAGCUCUUGAAUCGGGUGCAACCGCAACAAACAAAAAACAAAAACAUGAACAAAAAACAUCUUAAAGUGAAUAUGUGACUAAGUGCAAACAGAAAAUCCAAGAAAAGACAGCAAAAAUAUUGCAGAAAAAACACCGUACACCAACGCUGUGUGCAAAAAUGCAAGCUCGGAGAGAGACAGAUAGAUUGACCCAGAGAGAGAGACAAAAAAACAACAGAGAGAGAGACACAUAGAGAGGCACACGCAGAGAGAGAUACACACAGAGAUACACAGAGAUACAACGCCUCUGUGACGAGGUAUUAUAUAGAUCCUAGAGGGGGAGGGAGGGGGGAAAAGGGGCUGCAGUAAGAUAAGAGAUCGGCGUAGAGUAAAGAAUAACUCCUGCAGUCACGAAAGCUUGAAAUCAAGAUUCAAAAGUUCUCAUACGAACAACUUACAGAGCGCAUAUGAAUUGCAAUUCUUUUCAACUAUUUUUUGCUCUCCACUUUUAUUUCAACGCAAAUAAAUUCUCUGCAAUGCAAUACAUUUUAGAAACGUGGACAAGUUUGAGAUACAUUGCGACGACAUUUGCACACCUAUUUUGCUGACGUUCAAUCGGAGUUCGUGUUGAUUCCAGGUGACAAAUAUCGUCGAAAUAUUUAGUCGUCAUUCGCCUCGAUUGUCCACACUAUUGCAGACCACGCAGUGAAUAAAACACCGUGCAAAGAGAACACAGUGGGGGUAUCACGGCGGACAAAAACACGAGUGCUUUAUUCAGUGUUGCAGAAACACUGCCCAAAAAAAACAUGCUUUUGUUAUCGAAAGUUUUAUAUCAAUAAAUAAAUACUUUUUUUAGACACGGUAGAGUGUAUAGCCUGUGUUUUCUACGGUAAUAUUUUGCAGGUUUCACAGUUCACACAAAUUUGUUUAUUUCACGUAAGCCUCCCAAAAGUCGACACGAUGUUUUGUAUUCACUCACAAAUAUGCUCCUGGCUUUUAAAUACACUUUCCAUAUCGUGAGCAUGUUUAGAGGUAACGCGGUAUGAGUAUGUAUGAAUGAAUUCAUAUUAUCAUGACAAUGGUUUCAAUGUUGCUGAAACUUUACAAGGUUGACCGAUUUUUAUUAUCAAUAGUACUACAGUAUAGCUGCUUAAUUCUGGAGGUGUGUUUCAUUCUAUAGCCCAUCUUAAUUUUUUUCACAAGCCUAAAAUAUUUCAUUCUCAAUUUGGAAUUUGUGUAUUGAUUACAGUGAUUCGUUUACAAUGUGAUGAUACCUCAACGAAUUUUGAUUUUCUUUGUCAAACUUUUUUUCCAGGGAGCGUUAUUCGACCUUGGAUCUUUGUUCCAGUAUUUUGCUAAAACUAUAAUCAAAUUAUUGAGGCUCAUGUGAACACUUCAACAGGCUAUUUCUCUCCCCAUUAUACAUCAUACGUUAUGCCAAUUACAGACAUCCAUAAUCAGGACACAACGAAUUCUAUGGUAAAUUCAAAAACAAGGUUCUCAUUCAUCAUGUUUGUGAAUUGUAUAGCAAGCCUUGCAUCACAAUCCUUUCUUGAUUAAUGUAUGGAGAUCUGCUGUGUCUUACCUGGAGCCUGGAGUCAGCUGAUCUCUGGACUCGAACACCUUUAGAGUACAUUGAAUUAACCUGUCAAUGUGGCUCCAUUCCGUUUAGGUGGUGUUGUUAAUCUCUGGAUGGAUUUACUGGAAGCUACCAUACACCUUGAUUUCUCCCACAUUCUACAAAUGCUCAAUAACAAAUCGGCUCAACUCCCCAUACAAAGAACCUUCUAAAAUGAAUCUUGGGACUCUAGUAAAGCUUGCCUGUAAAACGUAUUUCCUCUACCUAGCUUUAUUAAAGUAAAAUCCGAUUUGACUCGAUGGGUUUUAUAUUUAGUAUUCUCUUUGUGUUUACGUAUACAUUGAUAGUUCGGCUCGUUUAUUACAAGAAAGAUUGAAUAUUUGAAAUCUUACCCAAAUCUUGCCUCUGCUUUCCUUGAACCCUGUCAAGCAUAAUGUGCUACUUUACAUCUAUGAAACUCAUACUGUGUGUGUGUAUAUAUAUCGAGAGAAAGAUGUAAAUCUUUUUUCAGUGUUACCACUUGUCCAAUAAAAUAUGUUUUGAAUAAAUAUUUUAUGUA